GAGAUGUCAGUCAAUUGAUCCGCGAUCGACGGUUCGAUGAUAUAUUGCUAAUGGCUUUUAAUGUCGCCGUUAUGGACGCCUCUUCCUUUCUUCUGCGCAUAUGCUACUGAACUGAUCAUUUUGUUUAGCUCUCGCUAUAGAUUAGCAGCAGCCAGUCACUCACCACUGAGCCGAAUCAGAAUCGAUUUACAGCAGGAUUUAACUCAGCCAUUUCUACCGAGCACAAAACUUCGUCCAUUCUCAGUUUGAAUCGAACCGCGAUUCACGCAAGACGUGUUCAGCUGUUAUCCGACUCAGAAUCGAGAAUAGAAAUCCCUUUGAGUUUUCGUGAUUUUAGAUAAGUUCAAAGUUUGAAAUAAUGUUACGCGUGGUGUUUUCCAAUUGCCUAAUUUGGCUUGCGCCAAUGGUCUUAUUGGCCGGAUUAAUCAACUCCGUUCCGGUACCGCCAGCAUCGCCCUGCCCAGGCCUCUUCAGCUACCAGUAUGACUCCAACCGAUCUGAGUACUAUGGACUGGCGAACCUGCAGUCACAACAGAUCAAGAACACCGUGGAGGUGGAGAUGUCUUUUUCAAUAGCCGCCCAGUUGCCAUCGGAAUAUGUCGGAUCCAUUGAAGCAAUCGGCGACAAUCGACAGCUGCUGGACCAGAUCUCCAAGGGACGCGGUGUCAGUUACCGAGUGAACCUACCAAUCCAGAAUCCUCUACCUCGUCUUACCAAACUGAGCCUCAAUGGUAAAACGCUGUGCACGGGCCAGUCGGAAAAGGGUGGAUUUGUAACGGAAACAACUCUGCGACAUCUUUUCCGUACAGAUUCCAACUGGCAGCAGUACAACCAAUUCAAAAAUAAACCCAGUAGCCUCGGCAACACCCUUCAAAGUGAUCGUACGGUGGCUAGUUCUACUCAAAAGGUACCGGACAACUUCAAAUUGGUAUCGGAACGAGAACAAAACCACACCGUUGAGGAAACGGAACACAUGGUGAGCCCCACCGGAAACAGCACAUCGUACAAGUACGUAACGAAAGUGUCUACCUAUAAGGAAUACGUAUCGGCACCGAUGAUCCAAAAAACGUCGCACUAUUACGUAAAUACCACGACCCGAGAACAGGUGUAAAAUAACCUGGACAAAUGUUUAAUAAUUGUACUAAAAUAAAGUUAAGGUACUGCUCUAAUUGUAAUAAGUAAUGCUCACAAACAUAAAAUACAAUGUAAAAAUGGUGAAAACAAUUGUUCUCCAUGUCUUUUUCUUCAUAU